AAUUGAUUGUGUAGAUGCUUCCAUGGGAGAACAUACCAGUGCUACGAACACAGGAGGUUUAUCGCAUGCCUUCAAUUGGCAGCAUCUCUGCCAUACUUGACAGAAGCCACCACCAUCAAGAGCAGGCUGGAAUGAAUGCUGCUGCCUUUCCGUUGAUUGAUCCCUUGGAUGCAUUUUAUUUGUUGAAUCCUAGUGGUGAUCUCAGCAGCUCACAAGCUGCAUUUGAAAAAUGGUUUAGAGAUCAAAACAUAGAGGGUAAAGCUGGAAUUGCACCCACAGUCGAAGAAUUGGCUGGAGCUUUGAAAAGUCACGACCUCUUUAUAUAUAUUGGCCUUGGAAGUGGGGCACAGUAUAUUCCCAGGCAUGAGAUUCAGAAACUGGAAAAUUGUGCUGCUACUCUCCUAAUGGGAUGCAGUAGUGGAUCAUUGUCUCUAAAUGGGCAAUACACUCCACAAGGUACUCAUCUUUCCUAUCUAUCAGCUGGUACCCCUGUUAGAGUUGCCAAUCUAUGGGAAGUGACAGACAAGGAUAUUGACCGAUUUGGUAAGGCCAUGCUUGAUGCUUGGUUGAGAGAAAGAUCAUCUCCUUCUGUGGCUUGUGCCCAGUGCCGUUUGGUUCCUGAAUUGAAGUCCAUGAGCAUAACUCGUGGUAAAGGAGAUGCUAAGAAGAAAAUCCCAAGGAAGAAAGUAUCUAAAGCUUGUAGUAGUGUUGUAUGUGAAGAUUAG